UCAUUUGCAAUCGAACUACACUCGAGUAUGGAACGUUGGCAGAAUCGUGUUGCUGUCGUCACCGGCGCCAGUGCGGGCAUUGGUGCUGCCUGUGUCAAAUAUCUGGUGAACAAUGGCAUGAUCGUUGUGGGUCUGGCGCGUCGCAAGAAGCGCAUCGAAGCGCUGCGCGAACAAGUGGCACCGAAGGUACGCGAUCAGCAACAGAUUAUUGAUGCAUUCAAAGUGAUCAUCUCCAAAUAUGGCGCUGUUGCGGUGCUCGUGAAUAAUGCCGGCAUUGGGCGUGAGGCCAAUUUGGUGGAUGACAAUAAUGAGCAGGAUAUACAGGAUGUGAUCGAUACGAAUAUUUUGGGUGUGGUGAAUUGUACCAGAGAAGCGUUUCGUUCGAUGAAAGCGCACGGCGGGAUUGGGCAUGUCAUUCUUAUCAAUAGCAUUGCUGGACAUCAUGUGAGUUUUAUACCGAAUUUUUCGUUGAAUAUUUAUCCAUGCACAAAGCAUGCUGUGACCGCAAUGACGGAAGUUUAUCGACAGGAAUUUAUUAAUUUGGGUACAAAAAUCAAAGUGACGAGCAUCAGCCCUGGUAUCGUUGACACUGCAAUCUCAACACCCGCAACUAAGGCAGCAUUUGGCAAUACGCCAAGUUUACAACCGGAAGAUGUGGCCGAUGCGCUAAUUUAUUGUCUGCAAACGCCGCCGCAUGUGCAGGUACAUGAGCUCAUCUUAAAGCCAGUUGGAGAAAUAUAUUAAAGGCUUAUUUGUAGGCAAGUCGUGUUUAUUACGUGUUAUUUGCAAUACAAUAAAAAUGUUUAAUUGAUAUUAGUCAAAAUGCAAAAUGAAAUUCAAAUUUAGUGCAUAAUUUGCUUUCAAACUAUCGGACGAAUCAAUG